GCAACUGUUUGUUUAUAACUACAGAACCCCUCGCAUAUCCUGUGAUACGCCCAGCAGUUAGGCUUAGGAUCUUACGGAAGCUGAAAUGUAAAACCCCAUUGCCUCCUACUUAGCAGUUGUUGGAAAGGGGGGUAAAAGUUUUAAGGGAGACUCCUCUUUUUCCUAAAGUGCUGACGCGGACCAGGGCUGCCGUGAAACAGCCAGCUUCGCGGGGCAACAGGAAUGUGCACCACCAUGUUCCUUGCCGUUUUAGUGCUUGCGUCUAUUUUCGCAACCUCAAAAUGCUACUUUUCAGAGGAAAACUUCACCGAAGAAUCAAAGAUGCAGCAGCCUACUGUCGUGAUUGCUAUUAUCGCUAGAAAUGCUGCCCAUUCGUUGCCGUUCUAUCUCGGUGCUCUGGAGAGGCUGAACUACCCGAAAGACCGCAUCUCCAUUUGGGCAGCGACAGACCACAACUCGGACAACACCACCGCCGUUCUGAGAGAGUGGCUGAGCGUCAUGCAGGAGCACUACCAUUACAUAGAGUGGAGGCCAAAGGACAAACCCAUAGCCUACCCUGGUGAGCUGGGGCCCAAGCACUGGCCGAACGGCCGAUAUGAGUACCUGAUGAAGCUGAAGCAGGGUGCCCUCACCUUCGCUAAGAAGCGCUGGGCCGACUACAUCCUGUAUGCUGACACAGACAACAUCCUGACCAACCCGGAGACUCUAAAUCUGCUGAUGGCCGAGAACAAGUCCGUCAUUGCCCCCAUGCUGGACUCUCAGAGCGCGUACUCCAACUUCUGGUGCGGCAUCACCCCACAGGGAUACUACCGGCGCACGGCGGAGUACUUCCCUACCAAACAUCGCCACCGGCAGGGCUGCUACCCGGUUCCCAUGGUGCACUCCACCGUCCUGCUGGACCUGCGGAAGGAGGGCACCAAGAAGCUGGCCUUCCACCCCCCGCACAAAGACUACUCCUGGCCCUUCGAUGAUAUCAUCGUCUUUGCCUUCUCCUGUCGGGCCUCUGAGGUCCAGAUGUACAUCUGCAACAAGGAGCGCUAUGGCUACCUGAACGUGCCGGCCAAGCCCCACCAGACGGUGGAAGACGACCGAAUCAACUUCGUUCAUCUCUACCAGGAGUCCCUGAUUGACGGGCCUCCCAUGUACCACUCGGGCUUCAUCCACCAGGAGCUCAAACAGACGGACCUCAUGGGCUUUGACGAGAUCUACCUGAUUAACCUGCAGAGGCGUCCGGAGCGGCGAGAGAGGAUGUUGUGGUCACUGUACGAGCUGGAAAUCAAUGCUAAAGUGGUGGAUGCAGUGGACGGAGGAGCUCUGAACAGCAGUGACAUUAAGCUCCUGGGAGUGAAUCUGUUGCCAGGGUACUAUGAUCCCUUCUCUGGCCGCACCCUCACUAAAGGAGAGGUGGGCUGCUUCCUCAGCCACUACUACAUCUGGAAGGAGAUGGUGGACAAUCAGAUGGACAAGGCUCUGAUCUUCGAGGACGACGUGCGUUUCCAGGGAAACUUCAAGCGACGUCUCCUGCGUCUCAUGGACGAGGUGGAGAAGGUGGAGCUGGACUGGGACAUCAUAUACCUGGGCCGUAAGCAGGUGAAGCCGGAGGACGAGGAGGUGGUGGAGAACGUGCGUAACUUGGUCGUGGCUGGCUACUCCUACUGGACACUCUCCUACGCCAUCUCCCUGCAGGGGGCCCAGAAGCUCAUCAACGCAGAGCCGCUGUCCAAGAUGAUGCCUGUCGACGAGUUCUUGCCCAUCAUGUAUGACAAGCACCCAAAUGAGGCCUACAAGUCCCAGUUCCCCAACCGUAAUCUGCAGGCCUACUCCACACGCCCCCUGCUGGUCCAGCCUGCGCAGUAUGCCGGCGACCCAGACUGGGUGAGCGACACGGAGACGUCCACGCUGUGGGACGACGACGCGGUGCGGACCGACUGGAGGGGCUCGCACAAGACGCUGAAGGGGAACCCUCAGGCCGGACUGCACAGCGCCUACAAGGACGAACUGUGAGGGGCGAGGGGGACCCCAACAUCUCUAGACAUCCCCAAAAUGAGCCUCUGUUCCAAAUGAGAUACUAACUUAAUGUCCCAGAGUUGAAGGCCAGUUUAGAGUCACAGACUGAUGUACCACUGUUAGGACCGGUGCAUCAGUCUGGCCUGGUUUGUGGGGUUGGACUUGUGUUCCUUAAAUGGAGAGCUGGGGUGAGUUUGGGUGAGUGUGGGGUGAAAGAAUGGAGGGAUGGACUUUGCACCUGAGACAAGAUGGCUGCUGACUGAGCUGCAUGCUUUUCAUUGUCCACCACCAAGGAGGUGUGUCUUGGCCAGAUUCUCGUAAAGCUCUCACAUUUACAUUUAGUCAUUUGAGGUGAUGCUGUACUCCAGAGCGACUUACAAAACAGUCGACAAUCAAGGUAAAAUGCAAGGGGACAAUCUAGCUUCACUAAGCUUCUCAUAUGCACUGUAGAAGAUGCACAUGACUAAUAGUUCCCUCAUCUACAAAACACACACACACACACACACACACACACACACACACACAGUACAUAAUAAUAAUUGUAUUUUUAUUUUAUAUAGUGCCUUUCUCAAACCCAAGGUCACUUAACAUAGUAGAAGAAUGCUAGAAACAUACACACGGUGAAACACACUUAUGCUAAGCAAUGUUGACCCUGGACUUACUCAGGAAAACAAACUCAUCAGUUCUGAGUGAGUGCUGUGAAGGCUUUAGGGCGCAUGGACUUCAAAAAAAUAUUUUUUUUUAUUGAUGUUUUGUGUUUUUAGCAUGUGCGUCAAGGACACUAGGACUAGUAUGAAUAGAUUCCAUGACAACCUCCUAAUCAUCUUCUUGCAGCCUUCUAGCUACGUUCCGUACCUUUCUAAUUGGAUGACAAUCAAGUUUUAUUGUGAUCGUGUGUGUGAAGAUUUGUGUGUGUGUGUGUGUGAGUGUGUGUGUAUGUGUGUGAAUUAAUUGUUUAUGAUAUGUUUUUAGCGUUAUUGCAGUUGAAUAUUUUUUACUGUACAGACUCUUUGUGAUAAUGUAUAAACUAAACUAUUGUAGUUUGG